CAGCCGCUAUGCCGCUUGUUACCUGAGUCGCCAACAACCAGCACGCGCACCUUGUCGAUUGCCGCCAUAUUGUUGUGUUGUUGUGUUGUGUUGUGUUGUGUUGAAAUGGCCUGCCUUCUUGGAACGAAAACUGGCCACUUGGAACUGGCCGCCGCCGCUGAGUGAAAACACAAUCACGCCGUACGCGGACGCGCUGAGCCGCCAUCGUGACAAAAAAGAGACAGCGAGAUACGCUAAAAGGAAGUGAGAAGAGUGCGAGCCAAGAGCUGAUUAUUUGUUUUCUUUUCGAAUCAGGCGCCUAUUCAGUGCGCGUUUGUAUAAAACGGAGCCUUACAGGAACGGAGAAUGGGUGAUCAACGGUACGUUACCGAGAUUCCGAGCAGCUUAAAGCAGCUGGCCAGGCUGGUGGUACGUGCUUUCUACACAAUCGAGGACGCGCUGGUGGUGGACAUGCUGGUCCGGAAUCCCUGCAUGAAGGAAGACGAUAUCUGCGAGCUGUUAAAGUUUGAGCGUAAAAUGCUGCGAGCCCGCAUCUCGAUUUUGCGGACCGACAAAUUUCUACAAGUGCGGCUUAAAAUGGAAACCGGGCCCGACGGAAAGGCGCAGAAAGUGAAUUACUAUUUCAUCAACUACAAAACGUUCGUGAACGUGGUUAAGUACAAGCUGGAUCACAUGCGCAAACGCAUGGAGACGGAGGAACGGGAUGCCACGAGCCGGGCGAGUUUCAAGUGUCCUUCCUGCAACAAAACCUUCACCGAUCUCGAGGCGGACCAGCUGUACGAUUUCAGUACGGACGAAUUUCGCUGCACGUACUGCGGCAGCGCGGUUGAGGAAGACAGUUCGGCACUACCGAAGAAGGACUCAAGACUGUUACUAGCUAAAUUCAACGAGCAAAUGCAACCAUUGUACGACCUGCUACGGCAGGUAGAAGGCAUCAAACUCGCCCCGGAGAUCCUCGAACCUGAACCCGUGGACAUAGACACGAUACGAGGAAUUGCCAAACCCACCACCAAAGCACCGACGGAGCAAUGGUCCGGCGAAGCAACGAGGUCGAGCGGAUUUGCCGUGGAAGAGACACGGGUAGAUAUUACGAUUGGUGAUACGGACACGCUGGACACAUCGUCACAGCGUAAGGAUCGUCCGGUCUGGAUGACCGAGUCGACCGUAAUUGCAAACGAUAUGGACGAAAACUCAGUCGAUGCCAUCCUGGAGAAAGCUGCCUUCACCUCCACACAGCCAUCACCGAUCGGUGGGAACAAUAUCAGUGGCAGUAUUAACAAUAACGUGUCGACGAACAUUAUGUCGACUCGCGGCCGCAAGGAAGCGGACGAUAUCAUGUCGGUGUUGCUUCAGCACGAGAAGCAGAGCGCUAGCAACACGACCAACGAGGCGGUCCGCGGGCUGGCACAUAACAACGACGGCAACUCGAGUGAUACCAGCGAUGAUGAUCGUGAUAUCGAGAACGCCGAAAUUCCUACCGUAGAAAUCAUUGACUCCGAUUCCGAAGACGAUAUGCCGACUGUAACGGUGGCGGGUAGACCUUAUCCGUUGGAUGAAAUCAACGACACGCUGAUUGCAGAUAUGACGCCGCAGGAGAAGGAAACCUACAUACAAGUGUAUCAAGACCAUUUCAGUCACAUUUACGAUUAA